GCUGAACUCUCUUUGUUCAACUCACUGUAAAAAGGCUGCUGGAAGUGAAAUGUUAAGGCGGUUUCUUUAGAGUGUUAAGCCCCCGUCUUCCAGAUUGCCGGCUCUCUGAGUAAAGCGCACUUUAUAAAGAUUCAAUUCCUGUCUCGACUUUAUUGUCAUUUGGUGGUGACAGGUAGCUUGAACUCUGGUCUUCCAGCUACAAAAGCACUAAACUUUAUCACAGGUGUAAAGUCUGAUCUUUACUGUCAACCAUUUGUUUUUGAUGUCUGCAUGACCUUCAUGUAGGUCGCCAAGGAAACAUUCUCGAUCACGCCCACUCCUCCCUUCUCCUGCUCCCUUGGAGACAUCACCCCAUAGUUGAAGAUUAAUUGAGACAUUUAUCUUGUUUAGAGUUUAUAGUAACAUAAAUCAAUUUGAAUUUUGCACCAGAUACAAGGGAGCCUCAAGGAGCUGUACAUAAUGGAAGACUUUUAUAGGCUGAAGAGAGCAGGAAAAUGGAAGUUCUGGAAGAUGAAGAAAACCAGUGCCUGCUUCACAGCGCUCCUGCAAACAGAAUGCCCAAGUCUUUGCAUUCUCUGCUGAAAGUGACAAAGAAAGAUGCUGCCUCCAGAGAUGACAAGGAAGCAGGAGGAUCGGGUGAAAGAUUUUGCCAAAGCAAGCAUCUAACCUCUGCCAUCUGUGUUGUACUUCUAACUGCAGUGAUUGUACUUUCUGUUCUUUUGGCAGCAAGAAAGGAAAUGGAGCACUGUGGGUGUGCACCCUGCCCAGAAGGAUGGAUUGGAUUUGGAAGCAAGUGUUUUUAUUUUUCGGAUGACAUAGAAAAUUGGACAUUCAGCCAGCAAUUCUGUAUGUCACAAAAAGCCAAUCUUGUGCAGAUUGAAACCCUGAAGGAAAUGAAUUUCCUGAAAAGAUACAAAGGCCCUAUUGACCACUGGAUAGGCCUUAGUAGAGAGUCGCCAAAUCACAGCUGGAAGUGGGCAGGCAACGCUGGAUACAAUAUCACGUUUGUCAUCAGAGGAGAUGGAGAGUGUGCCUACCUGAAUGACAACGGAGUCAGCAGUGGGAGGAUCUACACAGAUAGGAAAUGGAUUUGUAGUAAGCCAAAUAAUCAAACUGACAAGCGUCACAUUAGUUGAAACUCUUUGUGAGCCUCUAGUGGGCUCUGAGACCUGGGACGCUGGUCGCGAAGGACCGACCAGACGGGGGACUGCUGUCAGCUACAAGCAGUGAUCCCCUAUUUUUCUCAGCAUGGUUAUAUGGGAAUUGUGAACAAGAUUGCAAAACAAUCUUGGCUCACACGUCAUGUACGUGAGCUCAUAAGCACCACCUAGGUGAGCCCUUGGGCUUAUCGGACAUGCCUGUCUUUGUGGGCCUCUGCUGCUAAGUUACGACCGAGGAGACUUCCAAGGAAGAAGCAAAUUCAGGGCGUCCCUCCCAGGCGGUUUUCCGCCCUGGCACAAGCGAGUUUUCUCAGUGUUCCUUCAGCUGUAGAUCAUCACCUCUCGAUCAUCCGGAAUUUCCCAACUAUUUAUAAGAAACUGCAGGGCCUCCCUGGUGGCACAGCGGUUGAGCGCUGGGCUGCGAAGCUGCCUGCAGCCGGCCAGCCUGCGAGGGUCCCACAUGGCGCGCAGACCUCUCCUGCCGCCCGCUGCUCCCCUCAGCAGUGUAUUUCAUCAGUCUGCCUGUUCUGUUCCCUGCUCUGACUCUGGUGAAUUCUCUCACCCUCCCGUACUUCUGACUGUACCAGUGCUUGUAUAAAUAAAUAAAUCUUAAAAAAAAAAAAAAAGAAAGAAACUGCAUAGUACUUUGUUAUAUCACAGUUGCUGAGAAACUGUUUUGUUACUUGCAUUGUACUUCAUUAUUUGGCCUAUCAAAACUAUUGCCAAUAAGCAUUAAUAAAUCUCACUGACAGGCAUUGUAAUUUGCUGUAUAUAGUUGCUGAGCCAUAGCUUAUUUUACCAAAAAUAUUAACACUAUUCAUCAUACUAUGAGUUAGCAACCAAUAUGCAAACUACCAUAAGGUGGUAUAAUACAGGGAUUUGAUAGCACCUGAAUAUAACUUAAGUAGGUAUUUUAGUAUGAAUUGAUACUGAUAUUUUGAAACCAGAAUAUAAUUAAUAUCUAUGAAUUCUAUCUUUUAUGGCCAGAUGUAACCCCCCCUAUAUAAACAGUCUGACAUGGUGACCCAUAAAAAUGACCAUGCUAACUGAAGCCAUGCAAAAUCAUUUUAAUAUUUAAUGAGAAAAAUUAUAGUUGACCUGUGACCUUUGAAUACAUUCCAAAUUCUCUUACUGUCACAAAUAUGUAGUGAAAUUUAAGAGUGCUAUUUAUAUUUUACUGUGUUUUAAAACACCAGAAACAGUUUAAUUCUGUGUUUAUGUUUUAAAUUACAAUGUGCUAAAUAACUAUGAUACCUACAAAUAACAUUAUUUUAUCCUUUAUUAGAUUUAAAAUUCUUUUAUCCAAGUUUAAUGGAUAUUUACUUGAGCACUUUUUUUUUUAAAGAUUUAUUUAUACAAGCACUGGGUACAGUCAGAAGCGCGGGAGGGUGACAGAAUUCACCAGAGUCAGAGUGGGGAACAGAACAGGAAGAAUGAUGAAACACAAUGCUGAGAGGAGCAGCGGGCAUGGCAGGAGAGAUCUGCCUGCCAUGUAGGACCCUCGCAGACCAGCGCUCAAACCCUGUGCCACCGAGGAGGCCCUACUUGAGUACUUUUAACAUUCAAAAUUCAGUCAGCACUGUGUGCACAUGCUAUUGAGAAACAAAAGGUCUUAAAUUUCUAUAGCUUCAGCUACACUGUACUGAUGAGUCCCAAAAAGGACGAAACAGCACUUUACAAUGCGGUUUUUCUUGUCUGCAUUUUCAUUUCUCAUACUUUUUUGGCAUAUUACUCCAUCUUCCUGUAAUUAUUUGAAAUUUUAUUAUAUAUGUUUUUAAGGAUUUAUUGCAUUUAUUUUAUACACAUUUUGUUAAUUGUAUAUAUUUUAUUGUAUAUAACCAACAUAUGAUAUGUUUUUAAAAUUUCAGAAAUAAAUCUUGGUGAGUAGUAAGUAAACUUUUUAAUACUCGUAAUGCCCUUUGCUUUAUAAUCCAUUUUAUCUUGGACUUUGUAAGCGACAGGGACUAUGCCAAGUUCACUUCUGCUUCCUGGGAGACCAGCACAGUGUCUCAAAGACUAUCUUCAAAACAUGCCUGAGGAUGUGCCUCCAUCACUGUGAGAUUCUGCUCUGUUUGCUUAGUUUCUGCUCAUUUUCUCACAAAAGAAGCUGCAUUUCACAGAAAUACAAAUAAAAACAAGAUUCUCUGUGUGACUUAACUCACAAAUAAAAUUUAAGUCAACUGUGACACUUAUGACCUAGUAUUCUUUAAUGAAGUUUCCAAAUCAUCUAUCAAAAACAUGGAUUCCAUUUCUUACCAGCUAUGACCUUGAUAAUGUAAACUAAAAUCAACAGUUAAAAGGGUUCCCCUCUUCCUGGUCUCAACUAAGGGGUGCAGGUGGGAGCUGUACUGGUCUUGUGAAGAAGCUGCUGCAUCAGGGGCAACAAGAAUUUGUCUCUGGGCAAAUCAGUUAAUUUCAAAGAAAGAUAGUUUUCAAGGUGUAUAGCAUUGUUAAAAAGUCCCAGUUUCCAGAAAAGUAGGUUCUAAAUGGAUGGGGUAAAUUUUAACAAACCUCCUUUUUUAUUUUCUGUCUU